CCUUAGAGAUUACUGGUAUUAACAUUUUCCGAUACUCGAAAUACGGUCAUUUGCCUCCCUCUUUCGGUCGACAAUGGAAGCAACUCUGCUCAGCUCUCAUCGCUACCACCCUCCCCACUUUGGAACAAAACCUCUUAAUGUUCCAGGUGGACAUGUGGCUCCGGACCUACGAUUUUAUCAUUCACUCUAUGCCAAACCCCACCAUACUCUCAAGAUAAAAUUGGUAAACCCUAGUAGAAGCCAUUUCUUGCUGCCAAAUAAAUUUUUACAGUCGAGAACAAACAGAAAAUGGUUGACCAAUUCUUCAGACCAGCUUCGAAGUGACUAUAUGAGUGUCAAGUCCACCCCCGAGUCUCUAAAUCUUGAAGUUGUUCCUUCAAGAUCGGACGAGGGGUCAGAUGUUUCAAAUUUUAAUGGUGUUAAUAACAUCGACACUCUGCAUGUUAGACCAAAAUAUUUUAGAAAUAGGUUUCUAAACUUUGUACGCCUGAGUUCUGUCCUGAACAAUGCUGCGGAAUCAUUCUUUAAGAGUGAGAUUCGACGUAGGCUAUUUGUGACAGCUGUACUGCUAGUAAUUAGUCGUGUUGGAUAUUUUAUUCCUCUCCCUGGAUUUGAUAGAAGGUUGAUACCUCAAGAUUACCUUAGCUUUGUUUCAGGAUCUGUUGAUGAGCUGGGCGACUUUUCUGCGGAGCUUAAACUGUCCUUUUUUCAGCUUGGUAUCAGCCCUCAGAUAAUUGCAUCCAUAAUUAUGCAGGUGCUCUGUCAUGUUGUUCCGUCCUUAGUGAAGUUGCGAAAGGAAGGAUUGGAUGGCCACGAGAAGAUUAAGAGUUAUAUAUGGUGGAUUUCACUUGGCUUUGCAAUAUUGGAAGCUAUUAUAGUUGCUUGUUAUUCUCUUCCAUAUUCAAUCUAUGCAGCCAGUUACAGGGUCAAGCAUGUGAUGGUGACUGCUUUUCUAUUGGUUUGUGGUGCAAUGACUAUGACAUGGAUCUGUGAUACGAUAUCAGAAUCUGGAUUCGGUCAAGGUUCGUCUCUAAUUAUAUGUAUUGGAAUAUUAACCGGAUACACUGAUACACUAUACAAGAUGUUGACUCAGCUCUCAGGUAGUGCUGUGAGUUGGUGGCCAUACAUGCUUGCUGUACUGGGUGUUUUUACUGUCGUCACAAUGUGGGCAGUAGUUGUAACUGAGGGUUGUAGGAAAAUAAAGCUGCAGUACUAUGGAUUCAAACUAGCAUCUGCUGCAAGGGAAGAUUCCCCAAUUACUGAAGUAGAGCCCUAUAUCCCUUUCAAUAUUAAUCCAUCAGGAAUGCAGCCUGUUCUCACCACCACUUAUCUCUUAGCAUUUCCAAGUAUUCUUGCAAGUAUCCUUGGUUCGCCUUUUUGGGAGCAUGUUAAGGAGAUAUUGGACCCUGGAACAUCUGUUGGUGCAGAGCCAUGGGUUUACUAUUCAAUAUAUGCGUUUUUUGUUUUUCUGUUCAAUAUAUUUGAUAUUGCCAACUUGCCGAAGGAAAUUGCAGAUUACCUGAAUAAGAUGGGUGCCAGGAUACCAAAUAUAAAGCCUGGGAAGGCUACUAUCGAAUAUCUCUCAAAGAUUCAGGCAUCAACCCGCUUUUGGGGAGGGCUACUGUUAAGUAUUUUGGCAACUACAUCAACCAUACUUGAUCAUUAUUUGCGGCGUAUCAAUGAGGGAUUUGCAAUUGGGUUUACAUCAAUUUUAAUAAUUGUGGGUUCCAUAAUUGAGCUAAGAAGGUCCUACCAAGCAUACAAUGUCAUGCCAAGUUUAAGCAAAGCUCUAAGGCGAUAUGGUGUGUAACAUUUCAACAAGAGGCUCUUCUCGGCCUUCCAGAGCUUCCUCAAGAUAUUGGUAUUGAUUUGUUAAGUGGUACCUUGAGUUAAAUACUUGGUUCCACAUAAGAACACAAUUUCAUUCAUAGAAGUUAGUUGAGCUGCUGCUAUUGGAAGUAAAAGAUGGAAAGCCUGACUCGGUUAUUUAGUUAAUCAACAUAACUCGCAAACAGGUUCCAGUUCUUCCAAAUCUUCAUUUCUGGAUUUGGACAUGGCUUCGCUAGUGUCUGAGAAGUGAAUUUUACAUUUUAGAGUUGUUAUAAUAUGCUUAGUAGAUAUACAACAGGUGCAGCAUGGUUCCCCGUAGAAAUGGGGAAGGGACAUGGAAUAUGCAGAUUUCUAUAGAUUUGAGCCGCAGGUUGAUGUAAGUUGUAAGGCAAGGCAAUUUGAUGUAAAAUGUGGGAGUCCCGGUUGAGUAGACAUGGUUAUGGUUGAGAGCCAAACGGCUGUAAUUUUGUUUGAUUCAUCAUAUACACACAGGGCUAAUAACUGUACGAGAGAGUAUGAAUUUAUGUUCAUUUACACUACACACUACAUAGUUUGUACGAACUUUUGUAAUAUUGUGGCUUGGAUCAUCCAUAGACAGAUUGGUGGUGUAGAUGGCCAACCAAAUCCUGCAUCUCAAGGCCUAUGAUUCUUCUAACCUGUAAAGAUUAAGAAUGAUGUUACCAGUAGGCCAGUGUAGCUAACUGGCCACGCCUUUGCGUUUCUUUUGGCAUGUGGAAAGAGUUUCACAAAAUAUUUUGAUAAUUGAUUACUGGUAUUGGAAGCUGCA